CAAACCCUUCGCCCUCCACCGGCCGCCUAGGGAAGGACGCUGUCCACAGUUCCGGGGAAGGAAGCUUCCCACUAAUUGUUUGGCGGCGCCCGCGCGCCCCCUGGCGGCCAUCUAGUGAAUCACUCAUUCUCAAUGGGCCGGAUCUAUUUGCUAGCGGCAGGAGUGGCGCUCUGCUCCAUCCCCGCUUGCUCUCUUGGCUGGAAACUGCCUAGAAGCCAUAGCCAGGAAAACAAGCAAGUCUUCCAACAUUUGCAACAGAUGCAAAGGAUCCCCUCUCAGUGGUGCCUAAAGGACAGAACCGACUUCAAAUUUCCUUGGAAAAGAGAGAAUAUCACCCCAAUCCAGAUGACUCAAGGCACCUGUCCGCACCAUCUGAUGCUCCAGCAGAUCUUCAACCUCUUCACCACGGAGGACAGCCGUGCUGCCUGGAACAACACCCUCCUCGAUAAACUUCUCUUUCGCCUUCAUCUGAGGCUGCACCGACUGGAGCAGAUGAAAAAAGACAAUCUGGAUUGUCGCGAUUGGGGACUUGCUGCCCGGGAGUAUUUCCACGGAAUCCAUGUCUAUCUGAAGGCAAAGGAGUACAGCCCCUGUGCCUGGGAGGUUGUCAGAGUGGAAAUUGAAAGGUGCCUUUCCCUUAUGUAAGAAUCCUCACAGAAAUGUCAACAAAUACAGAAUACUUUUAUACUCGUGACGCUUUUCAUUCAAUUACGUUAGUGUUCAGGUCCAAAGCAAUCUCGACUUGUGUUUCCUCACAGGCU